AUGUCCUCAGUCUCCCAUCAAGCGCGCUCAGCCACCGCCGCGACGUCGGAGAAUGUCACGCCGUUCCUGUCAGCCAAAAACCUCCCCGAGGCGAUCUCGCUCACCAACACACCCGGUAAGGUGUUCAGUGAAGACGUUAGCGCGGCAGAAGACGCGGACGGACGCUCUUCUGCUUAUCUCAUCUCCCCUAUUUCGCCGUCGCGCAUAUCCUCCGAAGCGUACACGUCGAGCCACCGCACCGGAAGCCGUCAGCGCAGCUCCUCGAGCAAGGUGCAGGCUGGCGUUACGCCUGGAGUGGUGCAUGAGAUAGGCAUCAUGACCACCGUGCGGUAUGGUAAGGACUUCCCGGUGGAGCUCGACACGCCGACGGCAAUGCUGAGAAUCCAGAAGGCUAGUGAACCGCUGGUUGUUACGCCGCUCUCGCCUCCCCCUGCCGUCCCGGAAAGGCCCACCCUGCCAUCACCACCACAUGCGUCGAAGGAACCGCCGCCAGACACGGUGCGUGCGUCUGGCGUCAAGUCCGGCACUUACGCGGCGCAAUUGGCCGUCUUGCUCUUGCAUCCUCUCCGCAAGGACUUUGCUAAACCGCCGUCACACCUUUUCUCUCUGCGGACACCAAGCACCCUCCCGCAUGAGAGCAAGACGCCGCCGAGGGAGCAACCGCCUGCCACCCACCCGAGGAAGCCCGGCGCGCCGAAGGUGUCGCGGAGCCUCGACCAGAGAGACAUGAGCUCUGUUGCGCGCUCGAAUGCCCAUCUUUCUGUGCUGGCUGAUCUGGUGGACAAGAAGGUAUUCUCCGAGGAGGAUGUGCUGCUGGAGCUGGAAGCCGUCCGAAAGCGCUCCCUGCUCACCUCGGCACCCUUCAACAAGCGGCUGCUUCCAAUUCUCGCGUGGUACCUGCUCCGCGACAAGUUUGGCGACGAGGCGGCCACGCGGUAUGUGUCUCUCCUGACGUCCCCGGCCGGCGCCACACGCUCUGACGGGGCAGUGAGUACGGCGUCCACGAUAGCCUCUUUCCUGCCUCGUGUCAACGAGAUUCGGCGUGUGCGACGGGAGGUAAAGGAGAACAACCGCAAGAAACCCAAGCACCACUACACUAUUAGUCCCCCAGCAUCCCCGACGGAAGCGGCGAGGCUGUCUGAUAUCAAAGGUGGGCAUGGUGAACGGAAACAUCUGCGGCGGACAGCAGCCUUCGACGUGCUUGAGGACGCCCCCGACAUCCCGACGACGGGACUCCUUACUCCGCACUCCCACAACACGCUCAGCAGCCCCUGCUUGCACAACAGGUCUCCGCUGAUGUACGAUCGGCUGCACGUGUACACCCGUGAGCACGCAGUCAUCGAUCGACGUGCUGCAAAGGCAGAGGACCGCCCCGUCGUGGAUGUUGUCCUGGAUGCCGCGAACCGCCAGGAUCGAGCGAAGAACGUGUUCGAGGUGGUCGAGGAGCAAGCAUCCUCAGUCGUGGAGGAGCCGUCCGUCUUCCAAGGCCCCGGGCACAAAGCACCAACGACAAAAGGUGCAGCAAGCAAGUCAAUGUCGAAGGAACGUGUCCCCGCUCCACCCGCCUCGGCACACGCUGCCUGCGCUCUUGGAGAGGCAAUGGCGCGCAGUCGUCACGGACUGCCGGUGCACGGAAGUGAUGCCAGUGCGAUGCUUGACGUGACACCGAGCACGGGUGUCUUCAGCGACGUUAGCCGCGCCAAUGCGAGCGAAGAAGGUCAGAGCCUGUUCUACCGAGAGUGCGUCGAAGGGACUGGCCAAGAGCGCAUCCCCUCUGUCGCGGCGUUUUGGAAAGCCAUCACCUCACCCGACACAUCGACUGCAAGAACGGCACCCGAUCGGCGAUGCCUGCCCCCUAGGCAUCCGCAGCAUGGGCACGUUGACCGUCAUGGCGGCCCAGCGGACUUGACAGGUGUGGUCAAGCCGUGUGUACUGAACAUCCUCGCCUUAACGGACUAUGGCGCAAGCGCACAGCCGAGCGGGCUUGCUGGUGAGACGGUCGAUUCUUCAGACCUCUCAACGGUGGCGGAUGAUACCACAAGCGCUCGAAGCAGCGUAGAGUACUUGCAGGGUCUGGGUGGCGACCACGAGUGGUACGACGGCGAAGCUAGUGCAGUUCCCGAAGAGAACCCAGCAUCACAGACACUUACAAGGACUGUCGCGUACUCCGCCAUGAAUGACCCCCACGAGUCUCGCGUCGGCGUUGGGAACACGGAAAACACUACGGGUGUUGCUUACUGUCUGGCGACAUCUUUCCUGCUGCGUGAUGGGAGCGCGGCUGAAGCCACCCAAACGUCAAAGCAGCAGCGAACGCAGCGGCUGCACGCCGACCUGACUAGUGCGGAGAACCCCAUGAGUCACACGGUGGUAGCCACGGAGUGCUACUCGACGCUGCCGAACGCCUCCACGACAACGCACAGGCCAGAGUGCUCCCAGCGAACCCGCAGUGUGGGAUCGUGGGAAGCCAGCAGCGCUACAAUGCCGAGUACGACGGAGACCUUUGAGGAAGAAGGCGCCGUCGGGAGGAAGACUGGCUACGGCAGUCUCAUCAUGAGCCACAUAGACACGGCGGCGAUGAGCAACGCGGAGAGCAUCAAGACCAGGGAGGACACGGGCACCGGCGUGCAUGCAGUUGCCGAGUACAGUGCUCUUGCUCAUUUAGAGGCGUUGGCGAUGGGGCCCUCUGAUGCAAGCGGUGUGCACUCCCCGACCAUCAGAACAAACGGGACGCUCCGUCUUGACACGUCUGCUGCGGCUGCAGCACCCUUCAGUGUGCUGGAGGCGUCCUCAGACAUGACAGAUCGCGCGAGGCAGAGCGCGCAAGGUGUUUGCGACACAGCGGCCGUUUCAAAAAGCCGGUUGUUGGUCAGCGGCGUUCACAGUUCGCGGAGCGGAGGGCGCAACACACCCUUCAGUGACCUCCCGGCAACGGGGAGCCCCCACGAUGGAACGCCGACGUACAGCGUGUUUGAUACCCGCACUGGCACGCAUCUCUCUCCGACCUCGACGACAAUCAAAGAGUCCUCGUAUGCCCCAUCUGCUCCAACCGGCGAAUCCGCUUUUGGAAGCCUCCUCCGCACCAACGCUGAAACCUCGGCUAUGGGUGGUGAAGAUCAUCGGCAAGGUUUCCCGAUUGUAUCAUUCCACUCCACCGCCAUCAGUGACGCAUCCGGCUACAAACACAGCGCACUACAAGGCGAGAAAAGUGCCGACGCAGGCCACUGCUGUGUUUCUCGCAACACCUGUUGGGCUCAUGCUGUCGAGAACUCUGCGAACGGCGCUCCACAGUUUGCCGCUCCUCCUGACGAUUCCGCAUCACCGCCUCCAGCCGCUGCCGCAACAGGCUCCCGCACAGCCUCGACUAAUCACCGCCUCUCUUCUGGUAGAGCUACGGCCAGGCGCAGUUUAUCAGAUGCACUGGCAGCUCAUCUCGGAGACGCGUCCGUCAUGCACAAUCAGAGAACAGGUGACGACCACAGCACGCAAAGUGUAGAUGCCCGCGACACUCAGUCGCCGUCCACCAUUACCUCAGCCACUUCACCCCCGUCAGGCUCCGGAAUCCACCACCAGAUCGUGCAGUCGCGCGCCGGGUACGGCAGUAUGAUGGGGGCCGACAGCGCUGUGGCUCCGGACACGAGCGUUGCGUCGCGGUCGAAUGGCGGGUACAGCAUUGGCGGCGGCAGCGAGGCGAGCGUGCAGUCGCGCGCCGGGUACGGCAGUAUGAUGGGGGCCGACAGCGCUGUGGCUCCGGACACGAGCGUUGCGUCGCGGUCGAAUGGCGGGUACAGCAUUGGCGGCGGCAGCGAGGCGAGCGUGCAGUCGCGCGCCGGGCACGGCAGUAUGAUGGGGGCCGACAGCGCUGUGGCUCCGGACACGAGCGUUGCGUCGCGGUCGAAUGGCGGGUACAGCAUUGGCGGCGGCAGCGAGGCGAGCGUGCAGUCGCGCGCCGGGUACGGCAGUAUGAUGGGGGCCGACAGCGCUGUGGGUCCGGACACGAGCGUUGCGUCGCGGUCGAAUGGCGGGUACAGCAUUGGCGGCGGCAGCGAGGCGAGCGUGCAGUCGCGCGCCGGGUACGGCAGUAUGAUGGGGGCCGACAGCGCUGUGGGUCCGGACAUGAGCGUUGCGUCGCGGUCGAAUGGCGGGUACAGCAUUGGCGGCGGCAGCGAGGCGAGCGUGCAGUCGCGCGCCGGGUACGGCAGUAUGAUGGGGGCCGACAGCGCUGUGGGUCCGGACACGAGCGUUGCGUCGCGGUCGAAUGGCGGGUACAGCAUUGGCGGCGGCAGCGAGGCGAGCGUGCAGUCGCGCGCCGGGUACGGCAGUAUGAUGGGGGCCGACAGCGCUGUGGGUCCGGACAUGAGCGUUGCGUCGCGGUCGAAUGGCGGGUACAGCAUUGGCGGCGGCAGCGAGGCGAGCGUGCAGUCGCGCGCCGGGUACGGCAGUAUGAUGGGGGCCGACAGCGCUGUGGGUCCGGACACGAGCGUUGCGUCGCGGUCGAAUGGCGGGUACAGUUUUGCAGGCGGUGAGUGUUGCAGCUGUGUAACCGAAUCUUCUGCGCGGAGUGCAAGCGAAAAGCGUUCGGUGAAGGCGGGCGGAAGCGGUGCCUCAACGAUGAACUGUUCGCAUGGGCAGGUUGGUGGCGGACUGUCGAGUUGCGGUGUUAGAGAGUGUACUCCGGCUGCGCAGGAGAGCAGAUCGGUCGAAAGAGGGGCUUCCCGUGUGGAAUCCUCGAGAUCUGGCGAUGCGCUGUCAAGCCACACGCCUGCGCUUCGUGUGCCGGCAGUAGUAUGCAGCGAAUGCGACAGUGGAGUGCAACCCCAUAGCCCAACGGGCUCAGUGGUGAACCCUUCUCGGUUAACGGAAAGCACCAGAGAGGAAACAGCAGCCUCGACGUGUACGGCCUUUUUGGGGUGUGGAAGGGAGGGUGCAACGUUAAGCUCUGUCAUGGAUUCUGAUGACUUGGCAGAUGCCCUCCAGCGCCUCGGCGAAAGACACGUCUCCUGCUUGAAGGACAACAGCGCGUGUACGUUUGGGGAGCUCGGAUGCCAGUGUGCCACAGGAAGGUGCAAGAUGUGGACGACCGCGGCCACUCUGCCACCACCUCACCAGCCACAGCCAGUGCCCCCAUCGGACGAAGAGGCACGCGCUCAGCGGUUUGAUCGCUUUGCGAUGAAAAGCAACUCAACUGAAAGUGUGCCAGCCUGCGAGUCACCAAAUCCACCUCCUCCUGCGGCGGUACCUCUGGAGGAGGAGAGCUGGAAUACCGCCGUGCCGCUGCAGAGCCGCAUCCCUAACGCGGGUGUAUCUUCACGAAGCAACGCGACGCUGGUGCGUGUCGGCGCUGGUUUCAACCUCCGCACUUCGCCAUCCCCGGCACGAGGCGCCGAAGAGGCGUCGACUUGGCAAGCCACUCACCAGGUGAGUGCCGUAUCAGAGCUUGGCGCUGUUACCGCUGCUGCAGCCAAGUCAACGACCUGGGGUCGUUGCAAGGACAGCGAUGCGAGUCGUAUUGGAUCGUUCUGGGAAGGGGACGGGCUUAGGAGCCACGUGACCAUCCUGACUUAUCCUCGCAGCAGCACCGAGCUCUCCGUGCACAACAUGCCAGAUGCCGCCAUUGAACGUGCUGACGCCAGCAUCCAACAGCUUCGCGAGCAUCAACGCUCCGGCUCUGACUUCAGCGGUUACCGCCACGCAGACUGCCUGAUGAUGACCCCCAUCUCCAUACUGCAGAGCUCGCCGGGGAGCAGUCGCAUUCACGAUCCCAAGAGAGUGAGAGUUGCGACAAGACCACAGGCCGCUGCGACGGUGCCGUCUGGGGUAAGCGCUGGCUGUGACCCAACCGCUCGUGGAGCGUUGACGGCCGGUGACAGCGCCGCGACGCCCUUCGUCGUCCCCAUUCCUCUGCCACCUGAGGCGACUGCUGCGAGCCCAACGGUCUGCGCACUCGGUGACGAGUUUCUGCGGAUGCCUCAGGACAUGGCCACGGUACAUCUUGAUGGUGCCAAGCAAUCCCGUCGCUUUUCCAUCAUGCAGCCAGCGCAUGAGGCGGCGUCAGACGCGGACGACGCCGAGGAGGUGCACGAAGCGGAGUUUACCCGUGAGGUCCACGCGAAGCACACAAACCUCACCACGCUUCUCUCCCACUCCCGGCUAGACGCGAGUGGCACGGCGGAAACCCGCUCCCACGUGGUGGAUUCGUCCACUGUUGUCACCGGAAAGAGGUUGGCGAACGCGGAUCGCUCGAGAAGUGUCGGUGUGUUGCUUGGCGACCAAACGGCGGUAGAUGCCACCGCCAUCGACGAGACGCGUGUGGACGGAAUCGACGAGUCGAGGGAAACUGCAACGCCUGCGGGUAAUGACGCGGAGGAGAGCUGGAUCUCGGUGGAUUCCUCCACCACGCAGAACACUCAGCUAGCAAUGAGCGUGCCAGGACGCCGUUUCGCUCACCGUUCUCCUAUGCACCCAUACAAGUGCGUCCGCGCCGAUCACAACUCCCCAGAGCAGCGAGGGCAGGGGCAGCGACGCCGCACAAUCCUCGACGUCCCCGGCGUCCCGUACGUCGAUUCACCGGACAUCUCGACGCACAUUGACAGGGAAGCACGGCAAAAGGAAAAGGAUCGCCAGCUGCUUGCCAUGCGUUGGGCGGAGCGUGGAUUGAUGUGGCAGCAGCAAGAGAACGAAGCGCAACGGUAUGAGGAGUACCAAGCCCACUUUUGUGCGGGAAAGGAAAGGCCUAGGGGCCCUCGAGUGAUGAUCAUGAAACCAGGUCAACAGGGCGCAGUUGCCCUGCAAGGGCCUCGCCCGCCGAACGUCCCCAGGCCACCCAUGCCCAUGCACCCGCGCUCCCCCGGCUACCCCCCGCGGCGGCGCCACAGCUAA